AUCGUUAGUUUUUGGCUUAGUUUGAAUCGAGUAACAUCUACUCCUCAAAAUUAUUUUUAGUCUUGGUGCAGUCCCGAAAUUAUUUUUUUUGUAGUUUUUGCUUAUAUUUUUGGUUUUUUCAAUUCUUUUUUAACCUAUAGAAAAAUUUCGGGAUGUUGUCCAUUGCAAAAAAUAAUGGUUUCCGCACCGUCACACCCAUUUAUCGGUUUCUUUCUACCGGCUCUGCAUUGUUGUCGAAAUAUUCCGCAACACAAAGGGGAGAGAAUUAUUGUCUAACAUUUGAAACCAAACAGAAUGAGGAGAAGCCGUUUGCUUUCGAUAAAGUUUUCGGUCUGAAGCAAAAGGAGGAAAAACCUUUUGCUAAUAAGUUCUUUGGUCUAAAGCAGAAAGAGGAAAAACCAGUUUUCAACGACGUCUCCUGCAAAAAGCGCAAUGAGGAAAAGUCCUUCGCAGAAAACGUGUUUGGAACUAAGAUAAAUGAAGAGAAACCCUUCGAGACACAGAUCUUCGGUCUGAAGCAGAAAGAGGAAAAGCCAGUUGCCAAUGACGUCUCCUGUAAGAAACGCAAUGAGGAAAAGUCCUUCACAGAGACGAAAAUGGAAUGGAGAAAAGUCGCUCCCAAUGAGGAAAAAUCCUUCCUUGAAACUAAGAAAACCCUCGAGACAAAAGAGGAACAGCCCACCUGUGAACAGAUCUUCGGUCUGAAGCAGAAAGAGGAAAAGCCAGAUCUCAAUGACGUCUCCUGUAAGAAACGCAAUGAGGAAAAGUCCUUCACAGAGACGAAAAUGGAAUGGAGAAAAGUCGCUCCCAAUGAGGAAAAGUCCUUCACGAUCUAUGGAACCAAGCUUAAUGAGGAGAAGCCCACCUGUCAACAGAUCUUCGGUCUAAAGCAGAAAGAGGAAAAGCCAGUUGCCACUGACUUCUCCUGUAAGAAACGCAAUGAGGAAAAGUCCUUCACAGAGACGAAAAUGGAAUGGAGAAAAGUCGCUCCCAAUGAGGAAAAGUCCUUCACGAUCUAUGGAACCAAGCUUAAUGAGGAGAAGCCCACCUGUCAACAGAUCUUCGGUCUAAAGCAGAAAGAGGAAAAGCCAGUUGCCACUGACUUCUCCUGUAAGAAACGCAAUGAGGAAAAGUCCUUCACAGAGACGAAAAUGGAGUGGAGAAAAGUCGCUCCCAAUGAGGAAAAGUCCUUCACGAUCUAUGGAACCAAGCUUAAUGAGGAGAAGCCCACCUGUCAACAGAUCUUCGGUCUAAAGCAGAAAGAGGAAAAGCCAGUUGCCAAUGGCGUCUCCUGUAAGAAACGCAAUGAGGAAAAGUCCUUCACAGAGACGAAAAUGGAAUGGAGAAAAGUCGCUCCCAAUGAGGAAAAAUCCUUCCUUGAAACUAAGAAAACCCUCGAGACAAAAGAGGAAAAGCCCACCUGUGAACAGAUCUUCGGUCUGAAGCAGAAAGAGGAAAAGCCAGAUCUCAAUGACAUCUCCUGUAAGAAGCGCAAUGAGGAAAAGUCCUUCCUUGAAACUAAGAAAACCCUCGAGACAAAGGAGGAAAAGCCCACCUGUCAACAGAUCUUCGGUCUAAAGCAGAAAGAGGAAAAGCCAGUUGCCAAUGACGUCUCCUGUAAGAAACGCAAUGAGGAAAAGUCCUUCACAGAGACGAAAAUGGAAUGGAGAAAAGUCGCUCCCAAUGAGGAAAAGUCCUUCACGAUCUAUGGAACCAAGCUUAAUGAGGAGAAGCCCACCUGUCAACAGAUCUUCGGUCUCAAGCAGAAAGAGGAAAAGCCUGUUGCCAAUGACGUCUCCUGUAAGAAACGCAAUGAGGAAAAGUCCUUCACAGAGUCGAAAAUGGAAUGGAGAAAAGUCGCUCCCAAUGAGGAAAAGUCCUUCACGAUCUAUGGAACCAAGCUUAAUGAGGAGAAGCCCACCUGUCAACAGAUCUUUGGUCUGAAGCAGAAAGAGGAAAAGCCAGUUGCCAAUGACGUCUCCUGUAAGAAACGCAAUGAGGAAAAGUCCUUCACAGAGACGAAAAUGGAAUGGAGAAAAGUCGCUCACUGUUAGUGAAGAAGAAGAACUUACUAGCAGAAGAGCAGCCGUUCGCUGUUAAACGAUUUUUAGCAAAAAUUCGUAGCUAAUCAAAUUAUCAUAUUUGUAUUUUUCGCUAAAUAAAAAAUAAAAUAAAAAAUAA